CCCGACUCGCGUUAUCAUAAACUCGUUUCCUUUUUCGGUUUCUCUCUCUACUCUCUCUCCUCCUCUAGCUUUUUAGUGCACCUACUGCUUUGUUCCAUGUUUCUCGAUCAUUGAAACUCCAAAUCUAUCAUAAAUCUUAAAUUCUCCUUUUUACUUCGGCGAUCAACCUCGUAUUUAUCAUAGUAUUUUCACAGAUCUGGUCCAAAUGAGUGGUCAAAAUCGUCUUCCAUGUAAUUACCCAAUCUGCUAGUGAAUGCUAGGAUUUCUUGUUAUAGAUCUUGUAUGUAAUGUUAUUGAUGUUAAUUUGUUUCCUUGGUGACGAUUCGCAGAGGGUUUAUCAGCCGUGGCCGUUGAUGUGGUUCAAUUGAGUGUGUUUUAGAGAGAGAAACUAGAGAGAGAGGGGUUUGAGUGUGUUGCUUGGGAGGAGUUGUGAAUUUUGCUGGUCUUGGUUAUGGCUGCUUUGCAGAAACUGCAGCAGUCGAGCAUCACAGCGACCGCGAGUAGCUACGGGUCGUCGUCUUGCAAAGCUGAUGUAGUUGUUUCCGAGCACUUUCCCGCGGGUUUGAGAGUUCUCGUGGUUGAUGAUGACAUUACCUGCUUGAGGAUUUUGGAGCAAAUGCUUAGGAAAUGUCUAUACCAAGUUACAACUUGCUCCCAAUCCACUGUUGCUCUGAACUUACUACGGGAGAGAAAAGGCUGUUUUGAUGUUGUACUAAGUGAUGUUCACAUGCCCGAUAUGGAUGGCUUUAAACUCCUUGAACAUGUGGGGUUGGAAAUGGAUCUUCCUGUAAUUAUGAUGUCAGCUGAUGGAAGAACCAGUGUUGUCAUGAGGGGAAUUAGACAUGGGGCAUGUGAUUAUUUAAUUAAGCCCAUACGUGUAGAAGAGUUGAAGAAUAUAUGGCAGCAUGUUGUGAGGAAAAAGUGCAAUGAAAGCAAAGAACAUGAGCACUCUGGCAGUUUGGAUGAUAAUGAUCAGCUUAAACGAGGAAUUGAUGAUGCUGAAUAUGCUUCUUCUGUCAAUGAAGUUACUGAAGGAAUAAUAAAAACACAGAAAAAGAGGAAAGAAACUAAAGAAGAAGAUGAUGGUGAACUGGAAAAUGAUGACCCGGCCACAUCGAAGAAGCCACGUGUGGUGUGGUCAGUGGAGCUCCACCAGCAAUUUGUUACUGCUGUAAACCAACUUGGGAUUGAUAAGGCUGUACCAAAGAGAAUUCUUGAACUGAUGAACGUUCAAGGCUUAACUAGAGAAAAUGUUGCAAGCCAUCUGCAGAAGUUCAGAUUAUAUUUAAAGAGGUUGAGUGGAGUAGCUCAACAACAAGGUGGGAUUCCUAAUAUGUUUUGUGGGCCUGUAGAACAGAAUGCGAAACUGGGUUCAAUAGGAAGAUUUGACAUUCAAGCUCUGGCUGCUUCUGGCCAAAUUCCUCCACAAACAUUGGCAGCCCUGCAUGUUGAGCUUUUAGGUCGACCAACAGGUAACCUAGUGUUGCCAGCGGUAGACCAGCCAGCUCUACUACAAGCAUCCCUUCAGGGACCCAAGUGUAUUCCUGAUGAUCAUGGCGGGGCAUAUGGUCAGCCUUUGAUGAAAUGCCCAUCCAACGUCUCCAAACAUUUACCUAAACCCAACAUAUCUGCUGAGGAUGUUCAUUCAGUAUUUGGAGCAUGGCCAUCUGAUAGCCUUGGUACUGUGGGAACCAGCAGCAAUCUUUCUGGGUUGGGUGAUCAGAAUGGUAAUAUGUUAAUGGGUAUAUUACAGCAUCAGCAACGACAGCAACAGCAACAAUUUACUCCACCAGAGCCUAGCCGCUCAAUUAACGUGCAGCCUUCUUGCCUUGUGGUCCCUUCUCAGUCGUCAGCCAGUUUUCAGGCAGGAAAUAGUACUGCUUCAAUUAAUCAAAACUGUGGCUUCAACAGAAGUUCUGUUAUUGAUUACGGUCUUUUCUCACCUCAGUCAAAUAAUUCCACAUUUGGUGUUGGACAAAUGUUGGAUGUGGAUCUCAAAACAAUGGGUGUGCUUAAUGGUUAUUCAGGUCCAAGUUCCAUUUCUCCAUCUGUGUCAUCUUGCUCGGUAAAUGCUGACAAUGGUGCUAGUCGGCGAGUUCAUAACCCUACUCUAUCAUUCAAUGCUAGCACACAGCUCCAGGGCUUUCUCCCUAAUAUGGGUGACGUUCAAGGUUCUUAUAGUUCUAAAUCAGAUCAAGUGCUUGAUCAGGGACCAUACAGGAAUCUUGGAUUUGUUGGUAAAGGGAUUUCCAUUCCAACCCGGUUCGCAGUGGAUGAACCUGAGUUACCAAUGAACAACUUGACUCAUGGAAAGAUCUAUAGAGAGAACAAUGGAACCAGAGUCAAGCAGGAGCCCAAUGUGGAUUUUGUUGAGAAUGCUAAAGUGGGCAUCCCAAUAUUACAACAUCUUACACCAAAUGAUCUCAUGAGUGUUUUCUCUGAAUAGGCUUGCAUUGCUUUUUGAGUGAAAGUCUAUUCGAUGUCCAUGGAGGAUGACCAUUGUUCAUAAUUCAUAUAACCAGAUGUUCAGAAGAUAUCCCAGUUGAAUACUUUGUAUUAUGUUACUUUAGACCUGAAUUCCAUCAGCAUCUUGUGCCACACUCGAACGAAGUUUGGAGUAAAAAUCUGUAAAUCUCUCCGUAGCUGUGAUUCUGAGAAUUAAAAGCUGAAUGUCCUUGUCGCCAUAGCUUUCUGGAAGUGAUUGUCAGGUUCUACACUCCAAGGCAAGUACCAUUACCUUUUCACAAGUACUAAGGGAAUAAGUUGUAUUGAAGACUCCCCCGACAGCUUGAAAUGGUGUCAAUCAUGAAGACACCUUACUGACUUAAUUAUGUAGUUAUUUGGGCUCAAUGAUGUUGAGAUGCUCAUUUAUUUAUUACACAUUGAAUCACGAAUCUGGAAAAAUAGGCAAUGCUUGUAAUUAAUGAAGGUUUAGUGCUGUUACAUUUUAUGGAUGCCUGCAGAAGUAGCAAAAAUUGUAGUACUACCCGGAUGCCUUUCUUCCUCCACGACCUCGUCGCACGUACGAUUAACGAAGUCGAGAGUAUGUGGAGGUGGGGGAUGAAGGGAGAAGAGGGCCAAUGUGUUGCUGGCCUAUUUGUUUGAUGGAAAGGGUAAAUAAAAGUCGUUCCUUUACGAGUGUAUAUUUGUCCAUUUCAUCAAUUUGUCAAUAGUGAAAUAACUGCAUUGUUACAUAAAUGAAGUGCCAUACAAUUAAAUUUCAGUACAUUGUGAACAGCCGAAACCAACAGUUCUUGGCUUGUAAAGUUUGUUAUGAAUGGGGCUUAUUAUACUUCUGUUUUAUUAUU